CGUACCUAAUGAUUCUCAAAUUUAUCAUAUUACUUGUAAAUUAUUUGAAUCAAACUUAUGCAAUGCUCCUCCAUUGAACAAUUCUCAUGUGUUUAAUUUUCAACCGGGUGAUGAGAAAAUCUAUAAAAUAAUUGCGGAAAUGGUCCCACAUUCGCUGAUAGUUCAGUUUUUGAACAGGACCAUGCACGGUAUAGAAUUUAGCAAACAACAGCCACAAGAAUAUUUAAGCUUUUCUCACGAGCAAAAAUUAAACUUGGAAACUCACUUGAAGAAAUUUUUAUUUGAUUAUUUGACAUCAAAGCAAAAUAAUUUGAUUGGUGGUGUUCAACCUCAAAUAAAAUACUUAAAUAAGUUGUAA